AAAAAACGAUGUAGACAUCAGCAUUCGGAGGUGGAUUGUUGUGAUGAAGAUGGCCAUUAUUAUAACGACAGACACAUUCCACACUUAUUUAGAUGGAGAGGAUCUGUUAUCCCUAAUGUUAUAUAUCAGACCAUAAUUGUUACCGCUUUCUCGGCUGCCGUGACAGCGGUAUAUAUAAAAACGGAUAUCAAACCAGGCAUUCCGCAAACAUUCAUUCCAGUGCUUGGUUUCGUCGUGGGUCUCUUACUUACUUAUAGAACAAAUACUGCUUAUGAUAG